AUGGGACUACAAAGCCUUCGAGCCUGGGCACUUCGACGCAGCUUCAGCAUCGCACUCAAGAAGCGCUCCCGCAACCUGCCGCUCGGAGAUGCCCUGGUGCUCAAGACCCUGGAGGUCAUAGACUACCUCAAGCCUCGGUGGCGGGCCAUCGAAAACCCGAGCACCGGGUGCCUGAAAACCCGCCCCUACAUGCAGGGCCUCCACUGGGACAAGGUAACGUACGGUUUCCGCUACAAGAAGCCCACGGCCAUCUGGCACAACCUGCCCUGGACGCCCUCUCAGGGUCCCUGUCGAGCCUUCCAAGGAACUCGCCACCCAGAGGCCGUGCAGCGAGGACCGACCAAAGGACGAGAGGGGAGCAACUCGCGGGACCAACUUUACUCCAUCCCGCCCGCACUUUGCGACGAGAUCGCCGCGAGCGUUCGUCUGUUCAAGACGCCUGAGUACACCGUCAAGCAACCGCCUGACCCCGUGGUCUGCAAGCCCCCCGCCAACGGAAUCUUGUGUGCUCCGUCUGCUUCCGGAAAGACGGUGCUCUUGGUGAGCAUGAUUUUGGAGCAAUACCGGAGCUGCUUCGAGCGCAUCUAUAUCUUCUCGCCCUCGGUGGAGGUCGACUCUGCCUGGCAGCCUGUCAAGGAUUACAUCCGGGACGAGCUGGGGGUCAACACCGACCGAGAGCAGUGCUGGUGGGAGGAUUGGGACGAGGGGGCGCUGCGGAAGAUCAUCGCCGACCAGAAGCGCAUCACCCAGAAAUCCAAGGAGCUGGGCCUCAAGAAGCUGUACCAGGUUUUGAUCGUUCUAGAUGACCAUGCCGAUAAUCCUGCGGUGCAUCGCAAGAUGGGAGAUGGCGUUUUGGACACCCUGUUCAUCAGGGGCAGACAUUUUUGCAUCAACACCUGGGUGUCCACCCAGAAGCUUCGGCUCAUGAGCUCCGCCGUGCGCGUGAACGUCAUGUUCUACUGCGUCUUCCGGUUGCGAAACCAACUGGAGCUGGACGCCUUGGUGGAGGAGCUGAGCGCCAUGUGCUGCACCAGCACGCAGGGCAUCUACGACCCCAGCCACUGGCCCCCGCCGGAGAGGCCCCGGCAAACCUCCGACGGCUCCAACGCCAGCGAGUUCUCGGUGCGCCCCACCCGGUUUUUCAGGCGCCGUUCUAAAAAGGGCAUGACGAGUAUCUACGUGGACUCGCGCCUCCGCGCGGAGGGCACGGACAGCAGCUUCUCCUUCGACAUCGGUGAGAGUGUGCACAUUCAAUCCGGCGCCAAACUUGCGGUGUACAAGGUCCGCGUUGCCGACGCCUUCCUGAGCACGGACCGCGGGACGUUCUUGUACUGGGAGGACACGGUGGCCGGCACUCUGCACUACGCGGAGCUCCCGGUGGGCGCGUACACGGGCCCGCGACUGGCUGCGUGGAUCAGCAGCAACUUCGCUUCCGCCAGCUACACCGCGGAAACGAACGAAUUGGACGUUACCUGGGAUGGCGUGCGCCUCAUCCUCCGGCAGCGCUUCCCCGGCACGGCCCCCUACCCGCCGGGCGCCUCGCCCAGCAAGCCCCUGUCCAUCAACCAUCUCCUGGGCCCCAGCUACCUCACGGGCUCCGUGCAGCGCCUCGUCUUUGUGACGAUGAAUCCGUUCUCGGAGCUCUACCUGCGCUGCCCCACGCUUGCCAACGGGGAGACAACGGUGGGCCCGCUGGCAAAAUCGUCGUUUCGAAAGGAUGCACCCGCUCCUGCGCAGCCGGUGGUGGCCGCCGAGCCUCCCGUGGCCGAGCCUCCCGCGCAGCCGGUGGUGGCCGAGCCUCCCGAGCCUGCCGAGCCUGCCGCGGUGGCCGAGCCGCCGACCGAGGCUGCUGAAGAAGCGCCCCGCCCCAAGCGGCGAGGUCGACCCCCAGGUUCAAAGAACAAGGCGAAGCCGCCCCCGACUGUGGCCGUGGCGGAGCUUCCGAAGCAUGCUGAGCUGCCGGCACCGGAGCCACAGCAAGAGCCCCACCAGGAGCGAGCACAAGAGGCCCCGCCAGAGCCCCAACCCGUGCGUAUGACGCCCUCGGAGGCUCGCCGCGCUCGGCAGCUCUCCCGCGCCGACCGCUUCCACGAGCUCCUACUCGCAAACACAAUGGACUUGUAA